UAUGAGGUAACAGGAAGUUAUGCAUCUGUUUGGUCAAAAAUGUCGCAUAUUUUCGUUAGUAAUUAAAGAUCAAAUGGGCUGUCCUUGAUUAAAUUAUUAAUUAAGUGGGCGGGAUGCGAACAUCAUCCGACCGCCUCAAAAUCAUCGCAAUAGUUUCGCGGCGCACCUCCAAUCUUAUUUUAUAAUUAGUGCAGUUAAAUUAAAUAUAUUUUCAGCAUAAUAUCUGGAUCUAUCGCUAUUCGAUAAAACAUGUAUACCUAUAUCUUGUGUUUAGUGCUUUUGUCGGCCUACCAAACAAAUGGACAGGGGCCGGUUGUUCCUCCUGGACUUAGACCUCUAGUCGGUCCUUCAGGUCCAUCAGGAACGUUUGUAACAAGAGACAGCGUGGUGUACGGGACAUGUUACUUCAACAACACAUACUCACAAGUAAAGGGCAGAGUGGAUAUAAGACAGGAUCUACAAAUGAAUCCACCCAAUAUUGAGAUGCGUGUGCAAGUGUGGGGAUUACCGCAGAGCACAAUGAGCGACGCUGAGCACGCGAUGCACGUGCAUCAGUGGGGAGAUACAACACGCGGCUGUUACAACGCUGGACCUCAUUUUGAUUCGGAUGCCUUCUCUGUUCACGGUGGCCCGGCUUCAAUGGACAGAACUGUGCGUCAUGACGGAGAUCUAGGCAACUUGCGACAAACUAACGAUGGUAUUAUAGACACUGGUUUCAACGUUCAAAAUAUGAUGCUUGUAGGUGACGCUAGUAUCAUGGGACGUUCCAUUGUUAUGCACGAGGGACGUGACGAUCUAGGAAGGGGGAACACGCCGGUCAGUCUACAGACAGGAAAUUCAGGUGCUCCCAUUGCUUGCUGUGUGGUAGGACUGUCCGAUUCUACCAAUUGGAACAAUCCAUUAAUGAUCAAUGGACAAUUCGUAAAUCGUGGAGGAAUGACACCGCUCAACCCUAAUUUGAACAUGCUUGGCUAAAUGUUCAAUAAACUAAACGAAGAAAAAGAAAUUAAGCUAUUUUCGCUUAAACCAAUUAAACAUUGACAUUGAAGAGUUCUGUGCAAUUCCAAACGGAUUUUUACUAUAAAAUGCUUUUUAUCCAUUUCCAUCAUGAAGAUUUAAUAGCUUAAUAAAUUUGUAUGCAUAAUUCAGUUGAGAAGUUAUGGCAUUAGCAAGGUCUCUUUCCAUUUCAUUUCAUUUUUUUACACUUUACAUCACUUACACACAUUGUUCAACCUCAGUAAAAAACUACUCAAUUAUCUGAUUCACUGAAUAUUUUGCAGAAGGGAACAGAAAUAGAAAAGUUGCCAAAUUUAAACAUAGAAUUCAACGAUUAGUCAAGCAUCCUUAUACACACUGCAGAUCUAGUUUUUGACACAUCAGAAUAUAGAUACAUUGUAGGUAUUUUAUCAGUAUGAUAUAAAAUGUAUGUAAUUUUAUUUCUAUUUUACAGUAUGACUAACACUUUGAUAGUUAUGUACACUUUUACAUACAAAAGAAGUAUUUUUUAUGAAUUAACACUGUGUAAAACUCAACAGAUCACUCCGUUUUUAGUACUGAAAAGUGAAAGCAAUUUUGAAAUUUUAAAAAGUUAUGCAUAAUCCCUUCGAAAAGACAUCCAGAAGUAUAUUAUGUGAAAACAUGAAAUGAAAUUUGAUAUCCAACAGCACCUGGAUUUUGACUAAAAUUCAAAAUAUUGCAAUUUAUUUGAAGGUCGAUCACAAUGGAAAUUACAGCAGAAAGUUUUUCAGCAUGUUAAAUUUGAUGUGUUUUAAGCACAAUUUUAAUAUUUCUCUUUAUAUCCCUAAUUUCUUUGGCCUGAUAAAAUAAAAUGAAAGUUCAUGUCGUGGUAGUUAGUGAAGUAGAAUGACCAGACCAUUAAUGACAUCGCAAAAUCAAGGUUUUCAGGCCCUUGGAAAAAUCAGUAUGUUUUGAUAUAUAUUUUUUAUACUGUUACUAUGUUUUGUAAACUGUAUGUUUACUUGUGUUAUACCAAGAUAUGUAUUAUAACAUUAAAAGAACAACAUAAU